AGUCUACACCAUAAUGUCUACACUAUACACAGCCGCAGUGUACCGUGCAAGAACUACUGUGCGCCUGAUCGCUUUUUCGAAUUUUCUAUAAUAAACAAAAGAGAAGCGACAAAACCGGCAAAAUGAGUAAUUCAACUAUUUCAGAUCAAUCCCUGAUGGAUAAGUCCAUGAGAAGCGUCUUCGUCGGGAAUAUCCCGUACGAAGCAACGGAGGAGAACCUUAAGGACAUCUUCAGCGAGGUGGGCCCAGUUUUGUCUUUCAAGUUGGUCUUUGAUCGAGAGACUGGAAAACCAAAGGGAUAUGGAUUUUGUGAGUACAAGGAUCAAGAGACGGCCCUCAGUGCUAUGCGGAACUUGAAUGGCUAUGAGAUAGGAGGUAGAACCUUGCGUGUGGAUAAUGCCUGUACAGAGAAGAGCCGGAUGGAGAUGCAGAGUCUUCUGCAAGGUCAGAACACAGAAAAUCCAUAUGGAGAAGUGGUUCAAGCAGACAAAGCACCAGAAGCUAUUAGCAAAGCAGUUGCUUCUCUACCUCCAGAACAGAUGUUUGAACUUAUGAAGCAAAUGAAACUUUGCGUACAGAACAAUCCCAAUGAAGCCAGACAGAUGCUGCUGCAAAAUCCACAAUUGGCCUAUGCAUUGUUGCAAGCACAGGUUGUCAUGAGGAUAGUUGAUCCUCACACAGCUGUUAGUAUGCUGCACAAGGCUAAUCCUAUUCCAGGUGUGCUUACACCACCAGAAAAGCCAUCAGUUGUAACUUCAGUUCCACCACGUAUUGAGGAACCUUGGGUAACAUCCAGGCCACCACCACUACCAGUUAUCGCUGCCAACCCACCUGCUCCUAUAUUUGCUAAUCAAGACGUUGAUUUAAGAACUAUGGACAGACAAAUAGAUCCAAGGAUAGCAAGAAUGGAUCAAGAUCUCAGAGGACCGCCACCUCAGACAACAGUAGCACCACCUCCACCUGUAGUUCCUUCAAUUGUUCCUGCCCCCAUUGAUCCAAGAACAGUUGCAGGUUUUAACAUGUCAGAAAGUGUUCUACCUAUGGAAGGAAUUGACAGUGGUUUCUCAUCAAGAGACCCCAGGGCUGACAGGUUUCCCAGAGAUCCACGAGAUCCGCGAGAUCCAAGAAUGUCCGUCGAUCCCAGGAUGGCUGCUAAAGUCAAUGCUAUUCCACCAACCGUUGUACCUCCACCUGUUGUUGGAACAACUGCAGCAGCAGGAACUGCAAUAACAAGUAGUAGUGCGCGAUUAAUGGCAGGAAUGUCAUCCGCAGGAAAUAUCCCAAGUGGAGCAACUGACCAGGAAAAGGCGGCUCUCAUUAUGCAAGUACUGCAGCUAUCAGAUGAGCAGAUAGCCAUGUUACCCCCAGAACAACGACAGAGUAUCCUAGUGCUAAAGGAACAAAUUGCGAAAAGUACACAACGUUAAUCUUACAUGGUUCUUACGAUGUAUUAAAUCUAGGAAUAAACUAUAUUUAAGUAUACGGUAAACGACAUUGGUGCAUUGCUGUCGCGUAGUCCAAACGACUGAAAAAUGGCGAGCAUCAGCAACAUCAUGCUUUUUGUAUUGUGAGAAGCGAUGACCUUUAAGUACCUCUAAACUUAAGUAAAUUGAAAAAAAAUGUUAACGUCAUCCGCUUGGAAUAUAAACUUUUGGGAGAAAUUUUCAGUGAUCUUGUUCUAUAUAGAAAAAUGUUUAGUGUUCAUCAUAAAACUUCUUUUUGUUGAGCAUUCGAGUAUUUUUUUAAUAGGUAAAAUAUGAAAUUUUUAUUGAAUAGUUGAUAAACGGUAAUUACCAUUCUCAAAAUCAACAAAAUAUUGAAAUUUGUGAAUUUGUCAUCGAAAAAGAAACCGGAUACAUAGCAAACUUUUGUACGUUGAGAUCGAACAUAAACAAGCAGGCUAUUAUCUGCUCUAAUUUAUAUUAAUUAGCAAUUCAAAUUUGGCUUCAUAAAUAAACGUAUUAUCUGGAA